AUGUUUCGUGGACCACCUUCCACACCCGGCCGCGAUCACUACUACGACUACGACCGCCAACCUUCAACCACCCCCGCCGGCCCGCCGCCUCCAGACGAAUCCCACUAUCCCUCCUCCACACCUGCCGGCCCGCCGCCCGGCAUGAACAACGGACUAUUCGGCAACACACGCCCGACAUUCAACCCGAAUAGCCAUGGCUACUCGACAAACUCGCUCUUUGACAGCUCGCCGCCCAAGCAAGGCCUUUUCGAAGGCAUUGGAGCCGGCUCGAUAGGCACUUCAACGUCCGGACGGCCUCCAGUACAACGAGGACGAAUCACCUCCAGCCACUUUCAAGCGCCCACCAACGCACUCAACCGCGAUGCACAUGGCGAGUCAGAUGAAGAAUACACCGAUGAGGAGGAAGAUGAAGACGACCAAGACAUGGACCACGACGAGGGCACCGACGAGGACGAGCCGCUCUCCCCACAGCGUCACAACAAAACACAAAACAGGUUCUCCCAAUCUGUCGUCUCAAGAACAAGCGCUACCGACAUGGAGCCAGGCCUUGUAUUAGUGCGCUCCGGUGCAAAACAGACAAAAUUCGACCUUCUGGCGCUCGCCAGGGGCCUUACAUCCGACGCUCCUCAAGGCCGUUGGAUGCCAACUGGCAAACAGAAGGUCCUGAACGAGGGUAAUCACCUUAUACUGGAGACGGAGCGCCUGGCUGAGAAGGUCCACGAGUCUCUUCACUCAGACUCGCCAGACAAGCGCACCGAAGUGCUCGGCACCGUCGCUCAGGAGUUGGUUGCAGUCUGGAAAGAGGAGACGAAGCCGCCUUCUAGACCACCUGUUAUGUCUGACAAUAGAACACCUUGGGUAAAACUCAAUGGUAGCAAACUUGCCAGUCUUCUGCUCACCCUACACCACCCUCCACAGAUCGGCCUGAACCAGCGGGCCUCCGCCCUUUCACUUGUGCCUGCGCGAACUGACUCGAGGCAAUACACCCCCAUUCCAAGGGUACUGCUCGACUGGCUGAAUUAUGCAUUCCCCCUCGAUGGUAAUUCCGAGGUUGGACAAGUAGGCAAGGAAACAAACGGUUAUUCGAGGCAUCCUUCUUUCUGGGAGGCGAUUCAUGUUUCCAUUGUUCGCGGCAACUUCUCGCAGACUAUGAAGUUCCUGCAGGGUGCUCGACUCGAAAACGCUGAAACAGCCGAACGCGACGGACUAGGUACCACAGGAUAUAGCGGCACACAUCUCCAAUACGCGAACCACGCGGUACGUCAAGCAGUUGAUCUUCUGCGUGAAUGUCCGGCUAUUGCAUCCGAGGACUGGGACAUCAAGGGACAUGACUGGAGUAUCUUCCGGCAGCGAGUACAGCAGGUAUAUGCCAGCUUAGAGGACUUUGCCGAGGGCGAGAGUGCAAACCGUCAUUCCGUCUAUCAACCUUUCCAGGCGGCACACUUUGGCAUCUCGCAAUCACAGGCAAGUUUCCAGCUUAGCGUGGCGAGUCGCAAAGCCGAGAGCAAAGUACCGUGGUCAGUGUACGAGAACCUGGGAAUUGUUUAUCGGCUCUUACUGGGCAACGAAGAAGAGAUCCUUACCCUAUCAGCUGAUUGGAUCGAAGCAGUUGUGGGUUUGGGUGUUUGGUGGAAUGGGGAAGAGGACGACUCUGCACAAGGCAGCCUGGCGGCAAGCCGUCGCUCCAUUAUGCGGUCACAACGAGUUCGUCCUGUCGACGUGACUCCAGUUAAAGCGUAUUGCCAACGGUUGUCCUCUGCGCUGGCAGCAGUCGUUCACAACAGUGACGACGACUUUGGUAUCAAUGCUACAGACCGCUUUGAAGUAGGCUUGGCAUGUGCAUUCGACGACAACAUCGAGGGUGCUCUAGAAAUCCUCCAGGUGCUGUCGCUUCCCAUGGCCUGUGCAACUGCGGAGCUCGCCAGUGCAGGAGAGUGGUUCACAAGCGCGAAGGGCCUACUGGAUCAGUUUGACCAGAGUGAUCUAAUGGUCCUGAGUUACAACGAACAGCAGAAGCCAAAAGGUCUGACAAAGGACGACUUGCUUGUUUCCUACUCACAACUCUUGACUGCCGUCGAUGUACCCUUCACUUUUGAUCAUCAACUACCGGGUAAAGAAGGAUGGGAGAUUGCUGUACAAAUUCUCGGCAGACUGGACGACGUCAUUACAGCGAACGAACGCAUUGAGCAGAUAUUAAACGACUUACCAUUGGACUCCUCGGCCCGCGUCGACAAGAUCACUCAGCUUUGCCACAAUCUGGGCCUCUCGCAGCAUGCUGUCACUAUCGCCCAGAAAUAUGCCGACCAUCUUCGCACGAAUACUGAGAGUUAUGGCGAUACACUUCUUUACUAUGCACGCGCCCACGACGCACAAAAGAUUCAAGAAGUGCUACGUGUCUUGAUCGCCCAUUGCCUGAUCAAAUCAAUUGCCUAUCCGCCUCUAGACGAAUUAGACGAGUCACUCAGCUCGCUCAUCACCUCACCAAAGCAGACCCUAACAAAACUCGCAAGCCUAGACUCGGAAGCCGCUUCCCUCCUCUCGAAUCACCUCAGCGGUUAUGCGACCAUUCGCAAAUACUACGAUCUGCGAGAUGAAGGUGUGCUGCUAAAGGCCGGAGAGAAGCCAGCACACCGGCCCAUGGCACGAAAACGAGCUGCAGCUAAUGCACUCAUGGUCAUCAUCGCCAGUGCAGCGUCUAGCAUUCGUGGUGGGCUGUAUGAUCCAGAGAUAGAAACUGUGGUUCAAGUCGAUGUCCUACUACCUUUGCUGGGCGAGGCACUUGUCUUCGUCAACCAAUCCAAGCGCACAUUGACCCUCCGUCACUUAUACGACCUCCUUGCCGCCAUCGAGGACCUUGAUACCGCACCAAGUAUGAUCCGAACACAAUGCGAAGAAGUACUCACAACCACACUCUUCUCCGCACAUGACGUCAACUCGUCACAACAACUGCCGAACCCGCACCAGCUCCUAUCGAAAUCUACAUCCAAUUUAACAACGGCGUCAAGCCAAUAUUCGCUCAUUGGUUCGACCGAUUUCGGCUCUGCAGAUGGUCAGAGUACAGAGGGCUCAACAGUCUUUGUCAAGGGCGGACAUGUAGACGAUACCAAGCGUGGCUGGGAUUGGCGAAAAGGCUUUCCCAAGGGUGCUAAGAGUGAAGACAUCAUUGCGGUGCUUAGGUUGGGGGUUGCGAGAGAAAUUGGGAGAGCAUUCGCAGAGGGUGAGGUCACUGCUUGA